ACACAGAGAGGAAAGAGGUAACGAGAAGGAAAAAGAAAGCUAGAUUAUUAAUCAUAAUAAAAGAUACCUCUCUCUUUCUCUCAUUCUCUCUGCCUUAGCUCUGUUUCUGAGGCAGAGAGAUCUCUCUGCCUCAAAUUAAUCAAUCAAAAUGGUAUUUCAAGAUUUUGAUCAGAUAUCCGAGCGAAGAAGAUUAGAAAGGCAACAGAAGUUCAGAAAAAGGGUUACAAUUGCUGCCGUUGCGGUGUUUGCCUUGCUUGUUGUCGUCGCCGCUGGUGUUUUUGCUAUUAUUUCUAAUAAUAAUCACAAGCAAAGCCAACAACAACACAGCAAAUCGACCCAAUCUCAGAAACCUGACAAUUCGGAGGUUUCACACCUUGGAAAAGUUAUUGACAAUGUGUGUAAUGCAACUACCUAUAAAGAAACAUGCCAUACUUCCCUCAAGAAAGCAGUGGAGAAAGACCCUUCUUCUGCUCAUCCUAAAGAUGUUCUCAAGUUAGCAAUAGGAUCAACCGAAGAUGAGUUUGCAAGAAUUUUAGAGAAGGUUAAGUCGUUCAAAUUUGAGUCUCCCCGAGAGAAAGCAGCAUUUGAAGAUUGUAAAGAAUUGAUUGAUGAUGCUAAAGAAGAGUUAAAUAAGUCUAUUUCUAGUGCUGGUGGUGAUACAGGGAAGCUUUUGAAAAAUGAAGCUGAUUUGAAUAAUUGGCUCAGUGCAGUUAUGUCUUAUCAACAAACUUGUAUUGAUGGAUUCCCUGAAGGGAAAUUGAAGUCUGAUAUGGAAAAGACCUUUAAAGAAGCUAAGGAACUUACUAGUAAUUCCCUCGCAAUGGUCUCAGAAUUGACUGCAUUCCUUACAGCAUUUUCAGUUCCGAAACCUAGUCGUCGCCUUCUAGCAAAGGAAUCCAACACGUCUUCAUUUGGUGAGGAUGGAAUUCCAAGCUGGAUAAGCCCUGAGGACAGGCGGAUUUUGAAAGGCUCGGACGGGGAUAAACCAACACCAAAUGUUACAGUGGCGAAAGAUGGUAGCGGACAAUUUAAAACAAUUUCUGAUGCAUUGGCUGCCAUGCCAGAAAAAUACCAAGGACGGUAUGUCAUAUAUGUUAAGGCAGGGAUUUAUGAUGAGACCGUGACAGUGACAAAGAACAUGGUUAAUGUUACAAUCUACGGGGAUGGUUCACAGAAGAGCAUUGUCACUGGCAGCAAGAAUUUUGCCGAUGGAGUUCAGACUUUUAGAACUGCAACUUUUGCGGCUUUAGGAGAUGGAUUUAUUGCCAAAGCUAUGGGAUUCAGAAAUACUGCAGGUCCACAAAAGCAUCAGGCAGUGGCCGUCAGAGUCCAAGCAGAUCGUUCAAUAUUCCUCAAUUGUCGAUUCGAGGGAUAUCAAGAUACAUUAUAUGCACAAACUCACAGGCAAUUUUACAGAAGCUGCGUCAUUUCCGGCACGAUUGAUUUCAUCUUUGGGGAUGCGACAGCUAUCUUUCAGAACUGCCUGAUUCUUGUCAGAAAACCGAUGGAGAACCAACAGAAUAUUGUCACAGCUCAAGGCAGGAUCGACUCGCAUGAAACAACAGGAAUUGUGAUUCAGAACUGUCGCAUUCAGCCGGAUAAAGAUCUAAUUCCGGCUAAGGCAACGGUGAAGAGUUACCUUGGAAGACCCUGGAAAGAUUACUCAAGAACUAUUGUAAUGGAAUCAACAAUCGAAGAUUUUAUUCAUCCGGAUGGAUGGUUAGCAUGGGAAGGAGAGAAAGGACUAAAGACAUUGUAUUAUGCAGAAUUCAACAACAAAGGACCUGGUUCUAAGACUGAUGCUAGAGUAAAGUGGCCUGGAUAUCAUGUCAUUGAUCAACAAGAGGCUAACAAGUAUACUGUAAAGCCCUUCCUGCAAGGAGAUUGGAUUACUGCUGCGGGGGCUCCUGUUCACUUUGGAUUAUUUUAGUUAAAAACUUUUCAUUUUGCCAUAAGUCUCUAUUUUUUUUUUAUAAUUAUCUAAAAAAUAAAGAAACAUCUAAAGGACUAUAAGUGUUUUUUCUUUUUAAUUU